AUGAGCUCUUGGUUGAAUGAAGCUGCCGUCCAGAAUCACAAUGGCAACGGCUUCCCUCAUAUCAACGACCCAAAUGCAUCCGUUGGUGGGAUUAUGGAUCCGUCGGCCUUUGUGGCCAACGCCGCACAGUUCAACCCGGCCUCGGCGAACCAGUUCACGAACUCCCAGCAGAUGAUGGCAUUACAGAAUGGCGCCAUGCGCCAUGCUUCACCGUCGUCUUUCUCGAACCCCAUGUACCAGACAAAUUCUGUUGUUCCAUCCAAACGGCCUCGUCCACGGGAGGAUGGUGUUGGCGCAUCGCCGCGACAAAAUGCCGGCAUGUUACCAACUUCACGCGCUGAGACACCCCAGCAGGCACAUUUUCCAGCCUACACUCCAGGCUCUCAUCCGCAACAAAACACUCCUCAAUCUUUUCAGCACUUGCCGCCCAAUGGCUCUGCGAAUGCCAGUCCGUCUCCGAUUAUGGGAAAUCAGAUUCGCUCUGGGAGUGUUCCUCAGCGGGUUUCGACCACUUCACCACAUCCCUUUUCCCCUGCCUCUCAAAAUUUUGUUCCUCAAGCAUCUCCCGUCCCAUCAGAGGCGGCGCCUCAGCCAAACGCAUACGGAACACCAUCCUUCGCCCCUGUUUUCAAUUCGAACUUCGCAUCACAGCCAUCUGCUGGCCGACCCUCGCCGAACCUACAAGCGCCCGGCGUCUAG